ACUUGUUCAAAGCGCAACCGAAAGAGAGGACACUUGGCAAAAGAGAAUGAAAUUGAGCGGGAACUAUUUGAAUUUUGCCAUAGUUGAGCGGAGAGAGUAAAUAGUAGAGUCUCAAACAGGCAUCGGCAUCGGCACCGGUCUCCGUCUCCCCAACGGGAAAAAUUAAAAACAAAAGUGGAAAAGGGCUUUUCAGAAACAAAAGCACCGCUGCCAGAGCUUCACGGUGGAGCUUCGACUCAUCCAUCCAUGGCGAGAAUCAAACAUGUCGCCAGCAGGAAAACAAGUUCCCGUCGCAAAUCUGCUGCCGGAGUCGCCUCACCGUCGACCCCUGGAACGAGUUCGCGAGGUGGACGUUCUAGGAUGGCGGGGGAUGCUACACCAAGUGAGGCAGGGUCGCGAAAUGUGCGAAGACACCGCCGCUAUAGGCCGGGAACGGUUUCUCUUCAGGAGAUUCGACGCUUGCAAAAGACUUGGAAUCUGCUGAUCCCAGCUGCUCCUUUCAUUAGAACUGUGAAAGAAAUUAGCAAUUUCUAUGCUCCAGAAAUUAGUCGUUGGACUGCUGAAGCUCUAACAGCACUUCAGGAGGCUGCAGAGGAUUUUUUGGUUCAUUUGUUUGAAGAUUCAAUGCUGUGUGCAAUUCAUGCAAAGCGUGUUACACUAAUGAAGAAGGAUUGGGAACUUGCACGGCGACUUGGAGGGAAAGGGCAGCCUUGGUGAGACUCAGUGCAUCAUGCUGGCGACUAACCCUUAUUUUAUCAGUUGCAACCAUUCUAAAUUUGUAAUAUGCACUUGUCAUUCGAUAGCAUGUUCAUUCUUGUAUUGUAAGAGGCUUACCAAUUUUUUUGUUUUUAAAUGUAAAAGAAUAUUGUUACUAGAAAACAAAUAGAAUCGCAGACAUGGGGAGAAUUAGGCAUUUUCUUAGGUCAUGAAUGCUUAUCCUUAGGAGUAGAAUGGUCAUAAUAGAAGAAUUGGAUAAUUUGUAUAAAAAACUAAUUUUAUCAAAAGGUGUGUUUUUGUGACGAA